GUGCAGUAGGUUCGUCAGAGGAAGUGACGGGAACGGGAUAGUAAACUCAAAUGAGGACUUCCAAUUUUUCAUGAAGGCUGCCACAAUAUAAGUCUGGUUAAAGUCGUCUGAACGAAGAGCGCAAAUGUUACAGUAGCCUAAUGAAUGUGCGCAAGAACGUUAUAUUCACAGACGUCAGAAACGCUACAAUGUACCAGAAUAUAGAAUGUACUCGGGCGACACAACGAUCAAUGCGGGAUGGUAGCCACCAACAUUUGCAGAGAUUUCACAAUACUGAAUUAAAUCUGUGGAUCAUAGAUUGAACUUUAUGCAGACUUUUCAGGACUUUUCGUUGAUUUGGAAAUAUUUGUAAAUCAAGAUGAUUUACAACGAGGGUAGUAGACAGAUUUUUAAUAGUUAAAGUUAUUCCAUGAGUUUCAGAAUGUAUGCAAGGGAGAUAUCGCCACCAGUUUGGAUUUCUCUGCUAGUGGUAACUCUUGUAUCGCUUGGGAUUUGUUCAGAACUAAAAGUACGAGUGCGUUUAAGUGAUGGACUAAUUGGGGAGGAGAUUUUGGACGCCAACAGUGAGAAUGAUGACAUUACAGUCGAGUUCAAGCAAGGAGAUGGUACUCAUAUUACUGUGGUAUUUGAUUUCAAACGGGAUGUGAGGAUCGUCCGAGCUCUGAUCCUGGGGGAGCCAGAGCGAGGCCAGAACCAAUACCAGGUGCUGUGCUUUGUCUCGCGCCUCGAUCACCACGAGAUCAUCCCCACUGAGUCCAUGGCUCGCCUCAGACAAAAGAACCCCCACUUGGUCCGCACGGCAGAGGAGAAGCGUGGGGUGGAACACCUCCACAUGGACAUGGUGGUGAACGUGAGUCAUGCAGGGCACCUCAACACACUCAUCCACAACGUGUGUAAGGAGGCCCAUGAGGGGUUUUAUACCCGGACAGCUGACACCAAGCAUUGGCUGGAUAAAGGAAUAGAGGCCAUUGAGUUUGAGCCCCUGCCCCAGACAGUGGACGUCUCUGGUCUGCAGCGAUGCCCCUCCACUCUGGACCCGUGGCAGCCAUGCUUCUGCAGCUAUCACCUACGUCUGGAGUGGCUCCCCUGCCUGCUCAAAUACUGCCGCAGCCGCCGGGGCGCGGCUGGAAGGACCAACCCGUACAAGUGUGGCAUCAGGAGCUGCAGCAAGGGCUACCGCUUUGACUACUACGUCCCCCAUAAACAGCUCUGCCCAUGGGAUGAGGAGACCUAAAGCAGCUGGUUUUGCCCCUUAGUUCUUUCCUAGAAGGCAUUUAGCCUACCGUGCACAUCUGGACUGAGCAUGUAAGGGGAUUGACAAAGGGUCUUGAAGUGUAUACAGAGUAUAUCAAACAUUAGGAACACCUUCCUAAUAUUGAGUUUUUCCCUCCGAAAAGCUUCAAUUCAUCAGGGCAUAGACUCCGCAAGGGGCCGAAAUGUUGACUCCAAUGCUUCCCACAGUUGUGUCAAGUUGGCUGGAUGUCUUUUCGGUAGUGGAUCAUUCCAGAUACUCACAGGAAGCUGUUGAGCGUGAAAAACCCAGCAGCAUUGCAGCUCUUGACACAAACCGGUGUGCAUGGCACCUACUACCAUACCCUGUUCAAAGGCACUUAAAUCUUGUGUUUUGCCCAUUCACCCUCUGAAUGGCACACAUACACAAUUCAUGUCUCAAGGCUUAAAAAUCCUUCUUUAACCUGUCUCCUCCCCUUCAUCUACACUGAUUGAAGUGGAUUUAACAUCAAUAAGGGAUCAUAGCUUUCACCUGGUCAGUCUAUGUCAUGGAAAGAUCAGGUGUUCUUAAUGUUUUGUACACUUAGACUUACACUAACUUAUUUUCAGACAGAAGAGUGUCUGACUUAUCACCAAGGUAUUUGGAUUCAACCAGACAGUAGCAUAUCUAUUGUAACCAUAUGUUUUUAAUGUUGGAUGUUUCCUACAGUGGUGUGUUGAGUCCAUAUAUAAUAAUACUUUUCCUAAGCAUGCAAGUGUCUGUAUUAGGGCAGCUAGACAGGAGCCUAAUGGGGGAAAAUCGACAAUGUGAAAGUUGUAAUAUCGCCCAACCUAGAUGGAAUUGCCCAUGCUACUAUGGAUGAAUGUUUUGAUUUGAUGGCAUCAGUCAAAGUGCUGUUCAGUGCUCCGUUGGGGUAAAAUUGGAUGGUGGAUCUGCUCAAGAGAACAUUCAUCCAUGGUAGUGAAUGAAUCACUUAACUGAUGUAGUUUUUAUUGACUUAAUGCAAAAUAAAGGCAUUUAUUUACA